ACACUUUCAGACUCUCCUCCCCCCCCCCGCCAGUGUGUGUAGAUCUGAUCCGCUCGUCGGAGAGAGGAAGACUGGGGUUGUGUUCUGCCGUUGGGAUGGGGUCGACUGCAACGUCGCGUUUUGCUCCGGGACGUCACCAGGAGGUCAGAGGUCGGAGGAGGCCAUGCUUCCAGCAUAAUGUCAGCUGAAGUUGCAAUCCAGAAGUUCUCCUUCCCCUUCUCCUGUGCUGCACGCAGCCCUCAGCGACAUGAGGCGAAGGCCCCGGACCCCCGUGAGCUCCCGGAGAGCGGGACCUCACGCCAAGCGAGGCCCGUCGCCGUCAUAGGAGCUGCGGGUCAAAACGAGAAGAGGACGGAGAGGCCAAAGCCUCCGGAUGGGGGGGGCGCUCCGGCCGCCCCCCAGCGGGCCGCGGCCCCCAGGCCGGGCGCGCCCGAGAAACCGGCGGCCUCGGGGGACGAAGACCAGCGGCCGGCGGCCAAGAGGCAGCUGUCGUCCGAGAGCGCCGCCCGGACCGUCACCGCGGUGAAGAAGAGCGCCGUGAGGAAGGAGCCCAAGGCCCACCUGGGGCAGAGGGGGGGGGAGCCGCCCCCGGCAGCCGGGAGGAGGAGGAGCCGAGGGGACCUGUUCGCCAGCUCGGAGGUCUUCGCCAGGGUCGACUCUCACGUCGUCAGGGCGGGAGCAGAGCUGAAGGAAAAGUGUGUGUAUGAUGUGAAGAGCAUAGUGCAGAGCAUCACACAUGGAGCCAGAAAUGAGCUGGAGAGGCUUCGUGCCAUCUGGGUCUGGCUGUGCCACAACAUCGAGUACGAUGUAAGCGGGUACCUGGGCCACUCGGAGAAGCUGAGCUCCCCGGAGGAGGUGAUCGCCGCCGGUCGGGGGGUCUGCUGUGGCUACUCCAGCCUCUGUACGGAGAUGUGCAGGGAGGUGGGCAUUGAGUGCCAGGAGGUGCCGGGCCACAGUAAGGGCAUCGGGUACCUUCAGGGCCAGAGCCUGAAGAACGUGAAAUCCGAUCACCUGUGGAACUGUGUGCUGCUGGGAGGGCACUGGUUCCUGUUGGACGCCUGUUGGGGAGCCGGACGAGUAGAUGUGCAACGCGAAAGCUUCGUCAAAAGGUUCGACGAUUUCUAUUUCCUGACGGACCCGGUCGAGUUCAUAGAAUCGCACUUCCCCGAUGAGGAGAAGUGGCAGCUCCUGGACGCGCCCAUCCCCCUGGAAGAGUUUGAGAGGAGGGUCUUCAAGACCUCCGCCUUCUUCACGAUGGGUCUCAGGCUGAUCCAGCCUCACUACUUCCACAUCCUCACAGAUGACGGCGAGGCCAACGUGUGCCUCAGCUUCUCCAGGCCAACGACCUUCACCUACGAGAUCACACAGCACCAGGACCUCCUGCACUGCGGAGCCCCGGAGCAGAGGGAGUCCAGCGGCUCCUCCUUCGGCCUCCUGACGGUCUCCCACCGGAGCAUGAAGCUGCAGCUGCUGCCGCCCGCGAGCGGCGCGUACGACGUCAAGGUGUUCGCCCGGCCCGAAGCCGCCACCACGGCCCUGGUCUGGGUCUGCUCCUUCACGGUGGAGUGUCCGAUCCCCAGGGCCAUGGAGGAGAUCCCGGAGAACCCCUUCCUGUCUUGGGGCCUGCAGCCGGCUGCCGGGUGCCUGGGAGUCGCGGGCAGCAGCCGCGGCAGCGAGGCCGCCGAGGCGGAGGAGGGCGUCUUCCAGUUGGCGCUGAAGACGUCCAGGCCGCUGAUGAUGCUGUGCGAGCUGGUCCACCCGGGGUUGGAGGCCGCCGUGGCCAAGCGCUGCCUGGCGACCCAGAUCCAGCCGGACGCCCUGGCGUGCCACGUCCUGUGCCCGGCGCGCGGCUUCUACCGGCUCUCGGUGUUUGUGCGGGACUACGAGAGAACGGAGGCCAAGUUCCAGAACGCCGGGAACUUCCUGCUGCACUGCAAAGGGAAGGUGGUGGGGCCGGACCAGCUGUAUCCUCCGAACCUGGGCUCGGCGUGCGGGCCGGGCACCCGCACGCUGGAGGCGGGGCUGUCCAAGUUCAGCCACGCGACGGCGCUGGUGAGCACCCAGCAGGGAAAGUGCAACGUCACCUUCCACAACCAGCGGGACCUGGAGCUCCACGCGGUGCUCGGCCGAGAGGAGGACAGGCCGGCGGCCUUCCCGCUGUCACGGCAACUCUUCUGCACGUACACGGACAGCAAGGUGACGGUGAGCGUCAGCCUGCCGGACGCCGGCGUGUACCGGCUGGGCCUGUACGCCAGGGUCACCCCCGGCGGAGACUUCAGCCCCAUGUGCGACUUUGUCCUGAGGAACAGCUGCGAUCGGCCGGGGCCGCCGUUCCCCGCCGUCUUCUCCGCCUGGAGGAGAGGCUGCGUGCUCUUCGAGCCCCGCGUGGGCGUCCUGGAGCGCCUCGCCCGGGUCCGCUUCAGGGUGAGGGUCCCCGGGGCCCAGAGGGUGAGCGUGAUGGGAGAGACGCGGACCGACCUGAAACUGAACAAGAGCAGAGUCUGGGAGGGCGAGGUCUUCAGCGGCAGCGGCCUCCAGCCUCUCAAACUGGCCGCCGCCUCGGGGGAGUCCGGUGACAUGGCGGUGCUGUUGACCUUUGACAUCGAGCAGCUGGGGGGAGACCUCUAGAUGGAUGCUUCUCUGAACAGUAGUGACACGGACUGAUGUUAGUCACACCCACGUAGGAAGCAUUCGCUCAGGUCAGAAGGAGGCAGGGAAUAUAUUUGUAGCAAUGAAGUGAUAGAAAUAUACAAUAUCAAACUUACCUGCCUAUUGUUUGGGAUUGUUUUUUAUUUUUAAAGCUGUUAUUUGAUCCAGAAAUUGUUCAGUGGAGACAACGGUGCUCAGCUGUGAUGUCAUACAGAUCAACAGCGCCUUAUAAGCGAGAAGCGUGAAAUAAAAAUGUACUGUGAGAACAAUAUCUGAAUCUGUGUAUCUUUCUCACACGUCUUUUAUAUGGAGGCCUGUCCAUUAUAUUAAAACAUUAGUUUUCAGUAAGUAGAAAAAACAAUAUCCAUAAGUUCUAUCAAAUAAAAAAUAGCUUGAUUUCAGACCAAGGUUUUAACAGUUUUGAAUCCUUUUACUUUAAAUAUAGUUUUACUUGUUCAGUUAGUGUGCUUGUUAGUUGUAAGUUUAGUUUCAUUUUGUCAGAAGGGCUUGUGUUUAUUAUUGUUAGGACCAGUUAUAAAUUUAAAUAUAUUUAAAGAAUGUAUAGGAAUACAGU